AUGGCUACUGCUUGGCUAUGUGGUGGUUGUGUUGGUGUUUUAGGCUUGAAGUGGUAUAAGCAUGAUGCAGAGGUUAAGGCUUGGUUUUGGGGUGAGAUUGCCUCUUGUUUGUUUUUAGAUGAUGUGCAAGGUUUUAGAAUGGCCAAGGCUUGGUGUUUUCUAGCAGAGGGUGUUGGGAGUUCCUGGCAGUUGUGGAAGAUUGGGUUGUUAAUGCAAGAAGAUGAGGCGUUGGUGGCUAAGGCUUUAAUUGAGUUUGACUGGUUUUGCUGCUGA